AUGAAUCGUUUCACGAGAUUACAGCGCGCGUUUUGCGUGAGAGCGUUUUAUAAAAACAACGAUUACUACACUGUUGUUCAUCGUCUCUACAGGACACAUUUUAAUUUAAAAAGCUUAAGACAUGUGCCAAGUGCCAAUUUAAUUAAGCAUUGGGUGUGCAAGUUUGAAGAGGCUGGGAAUACAAUGCCGGACAAAUCGUCUGGGCGUAAAAGGACAUCAAGAACGAGCAUGAACGUCGAUCGCGUUCGAGAGUCUGUUAUGGACGACCCACGACAGUCCUUGAGAUUGCGCGCAGCUUCUCUUAAUUUGAACAGUUCAAACGGUUCAUCGCAUUAUUUAGAAAGAUUUACAUUUUCACCCCUAUAA